AUGAGUACGGUGACGGCUGAUCCGGCAAAAACAAGUGCUGGAUAUAAGCCGAAAGCUAAGGUUGCCGUAAGAUUCUCAGAUAUGUCAAAGGCAAUGAGUGAUGAGGCAAUACGUAUAGCUGAUGAAGCGUUUGCAAAUCAUCUCAGUGAAGUUGAACUAGCGGAACGGUUGAAAAAAGCCUUCGAAGCAAACCAUUCGGGAGUAUGGCAUUGUGCUGUUGGAAGGAAUUUCGCUUCGGCCUUAACUCCAAGAAGGGGCACAUUUCUGCGAUUCCAAAUCGGAUGUUUAACAGUGAUUCUCUAUCAGUGUGAAACGCAUUCUUAACGAGAAACUGAGCUCGAACUUUGGCUUAAGCCCGAGGAAAGGGGCAAGUCUGAUACGGAAUUACAAGGCCUUGAUAAGGCAAGGUCUGGUACAGAACUCUCAUUCUUUUCUUUCGCAAUAUUCGCGUGA